AUGGCGACUUUUGUUACAUUUGUUUUGUUGGUCAGUUUAGCAGGGCCAAUUUUCGGCCACGAGUAUAACUACUAUCCGAAUUCCGGCUGGGGCUGGGAUAAAUCAGGAUGGGGUAGUGGGUGGGGUUCACCCUCCUCCCCCUGCACCACUACCGCCGCCCCCAUCACUGCCGACACCCGGACUCUCUCCCAACUUCACUCCGCCGCCCUCUCGGAAGGCGGAAAACUAAUCGUCUACGCCGGCGGAGACUCUCCCGGUCAGCUGAACAGCAUGAAAACCGCGUUCGAAACCCGUUUCCCUGGAAUGUCUGUCGAAAUCAUCGUCGAUUUCAGUAAGAACCACGACGCCAGGAUCGACCUUCAACUCCAGACCAAUUCCCUCAUCCCGGACGUCACCCACUUACAAACGCUGCAAGAUUUCGACCGAUGGAAGAAGGCGGGAGUUUUGCUUAAUUACAAACCAAUCGGGUGGGAUCAGGUGUACCCAGAGUUUAAGGAUGCGGAUGGCGCCUACACGGGAAUUUUAGUGGUCGCUUUCUCGAACAAUGUUAACAAAGAUUUGGCCGGAACGGAUCCAGCGGGAUGGCCGACGGAAGCGAAUGAUUACUUGAGAGCUAACUUGACUGGGAAAAUAGUCUCAACUUACCCCAAUGAUGAUGACGCCGUUCUCUUCUGGUAUAAACAGGUCGUCGACAAGUACGGGUGGGCCUGGCUGGAAAAAUUUGUCGCUAACAAGCCAAAAUUCGUGCGGGGGGCGCAAGUUCCCUCGGACGAUGUUUGGGGCGGAAAUACUCCCGCAGUUUUCACUACGGAUGGCAUGCUGAAACCACAGGUGACCAAUCCCGUCCAAUUCGUUCUCCCAAAGAAAGACCCAUUCGUCUCAUGGGCGCAACGAGCCGCCAUUUUCAAAGCUACGAAACGCCCCGCCGCCGCCAAAUUAUACCUCAGCUGGUGGCUUGACCUGGAAACCCAGAAGAACACGUGGUACAUGUGGAGCGUGCGAAAGGACGUUCCACCUCCGGCCGGAUACAAGAGCAUCUUUUCCUACAAGGGGCAAAGUGAUCCGGUAGAAUUCCAGAAAUGGAUGGCUAAUCGCGAAGAAGUCGAACGCUUCAAGGCUCAAGUGACCCAAAUCGUCGGAGAAGUUCAGGGACCCAGCCCGACAGGUAAUUUGGGGCUUCAUCCCGCUAAAAUGCUGGCUGGAUCGUACCCAUAAAUUUGCAGUAUGGAUUAAAUUGUGCAUAAAAUUUGAUGACUGACAUGUAAAUAUGAAUAAUUUGAAACAUAAAUAAAAUUCAAUUGCAAAA